UCAGGGGGAUACAUAAUUUUUCGGACCCUCGCACUGCAAAAGUUCUUCGUUCCCCGAGAGUUGAAUUAAAAUAAGUGUUUAAAAUGUUAUUGCUGCUAAAAUAGUUUCCAGUUAAAGGAUAAGCAAAGCUGCCCACGCGGUCAACAUGUUCCGUUCGAGUUGGAUUCCGUUCGCCAGUUUGUUGUUCCUAUUUUUCUGGAGCUCCGCCUGGGGCAGAACUGCCAAGAGAUCGGACGUCUAUAUAGCUGGGUUCUUCCCCUACGGCGAUGGCGUGGAGAACUCGUACACGGGACGAGGGGUAAUGCCCAGCGUUAAGCUGGCUCUCGGCCACGUUAACGAGCACGGAAAGAUUCUGGCCAACUACAGACUGCACAUGUGGUGGAACGACACCCAGUGCAAUGCUGCUGUGGGUGUAAAGUCCUUCUUCGAUAUGAUGCACUCGGGACCGAACAAGGUGAUGCUCUUCGGAGCGGCUUGCACCCAUGUGACGGAUCCCAUUGCCAAGGCUAGCAAACACUGGCACCUUACCCAACUGAGUUACGCGGACACCCAUCCUAUGUUCACAAAGGACGCGUUCCCCAAUUUCUUCCGAGUGGUUCCCUCGGAGAAUGCCUUCAAUGCACCACGAUUGGCGUUACUCAAGGAGUUCAAUUGGACCAGAGUGGGAACUGUUUACCAGAACGAGCCGAGGUAUUCACUGCCCCACAAUCACAUGGUGGCUGAUUUGGAUGACAUGGAAGUGGAGGUCGUGGAAACGCAGAGUUUUGUAAACGAUGUAGCUGAGUCCCUAAAGAAACUUCGUGAAAAGGACGUGCGGAUUAUCCUGGGCAACUUCAACGAGCAUUUUGCCCGCAAGGCUUUUUGCGAGGCAUACAAAUUGGACAUGUAUGGUAGAGCUUACCAAUGGCUGAUCAUGGCCACAUAUUCCACAGACUGGUGGAAUGUCACGCAGGACAGCGAGUGCAGUGUGGAGGAGAUUGCCACAGCUUUAGAGGGAGCUAUUCUAGUGGAUCUGCUGCCUCUUUCCACAAGUGGAGACAUCACAGUGGCCGGCAUUACUGCAGAUGAGUAUCUGGUGGAAUACGACAGACUGCGGGGCACUGAAUACUCCCGGUUUCAUGGAUACACCUACGAUGGAAUUUGGGCAGCUGCUCUAGCCAUUCAAUAUGUGGCAGAAAAGCGCGAGGAUUUGCUAACGCAUUUUGAUUACAGAGUUAAGGAUUGGGAAAGCGUAUUCCUUGAGGCCUUGCGAAAUACAUCCUUUGAGGGAGUGACGGGACCUGUUCGUUUCUACAACAACGAACGCAAGGCCAAUAUUCUGAUCAACCAGUUCCAGUUGGGCCAAAUGGAAAAGAUAGGGGAAUAUCACUCACAGAGGGCCCACCUGGAUUUGAGUUUGGGAAAACCAGUGAGAUGGGUGGGCAAAACUCCCCCCAAGGACCGAACCCUAAUCUACAUCGAGCACAGUCAGGUGAACCCGACAAUCUACAUUGUUUCAGCCAGUGCUUCGGUAAUUGGAGUGAUCAUUGCCACCGUUUUCUUGGCUUUUAACAUCAAGUAUCGAAAUCAACGUUACAUCAAGAUGUCCAGUCCGCACUUGAACAAUCUGAUUAUAGUGGGCUGCAUGAUGACCUAUCUGAGCAUUAUUUUCCUGGGAUUGGAUACAACCUUAAGCUCUGUGGCAGCCUUUCCCUAUAUUUGCACAGCUCGAGCGUGGAUUUUGAUGGCUGGUUUCAGUCUCAGUUUCGGAGCCAUGUUCUCAAAGACUUGGCGGGUGCACUCGAUAUUUACCGAUCUGAAGCUCAACAAGAAGGUGAUCAAGGAUUAUCAGUUGUUUAUGGUUGUGGGCGUGCUGUUGGCCAUUGACAUAGCCAUCAUAACCACCUGGCAGAUUGCAGAUCCCUUUUACCGGGAGACCAAGCAGCUAGAGCCAUUGCACCACGAGAACAUUGAUGAUGUUUUGGUGAUCCCCGAAAACGAAUACUGCCAAUCCGAGCACAUGACCAUAUUUGUCAGCAUUAUUUACGCCUACAAGGGCUUGCUUUUAGUAUUUGGCGCCUUUCUGGCUUGGGAAACUCGACACGUUUCCAUUCCCGCUCUGAACGACUCGAAGCAUAUUGGCUUCUCCGUUUACAAUGUGUUCAUCACCUGUCUGGCCGGAGCGGCUAUAUCCCUGGUGCUAUCGGAUCGCAAGGAUUUAGUUUUUGUCUUACUCUCGUUUUUUAUCAUUUUUUGUACGACAGCCACUUUGUGUUUGGUGUUCGUACCGAAAGUAAGACUGGUAUUGGUGGAGCUGAAGAGGAAUCCCCAGGGCGUGGUGGACAAGCGAGUGAGGGCCACCUUGAGACCCAUGUCGAAGAACGGAAGACGUGACUCUUCGGUCUGCGAACUGGAACAGAGACUUCGGGAUGUGAAGAACACAAACUGCCGAUUCCGAAAGGCCUUGAUGGAGAAGGAGAACGAGCUGCAGGCUCUGAUCCGAAAACUGGGACCCGAGGCCAGGAAGUGGAUAGAUGGAGUGACCUGUUCGGGUGGCUCCAAUGUGGGCAGUGAACUGGAGCCCAUCUUGGGCGAUGAUAUGGCCAGGCUAUCGGCUCCUCCCGUUCGUCGGGAAAUGCCCAGCACCACAGAAGUUACCGAGCUGACCUCCGUGGAUAGUGUGACCUCGACCCAUGUGGAGAUGGACAACUCAUUUGUUUCGGUUCAGUCCACUGCAGUGGCACCUUCGCUUCCUCCCAAAAAGAAAAAGCAGUCCAUUGUGGAGCACCACUCGCAUGCUCCUGCGCCCACAAUGAUGCAGCCCAUCCAGCAGCAGCUGCAGCAACACCUCCAGCAGCAUCAGCAGAUGCAGCAGCAACACCAGCAGCAGCAGCAACAGCAGCAGCAGCAGAUGCAGCAGCAGCACCACCAGCAGCAACACCAUCGCCACCUGGAGAAGCGCAACUCGGUGUCGGCGCAGACGGACGACAAUAUCGGAACCAUAACCAGUUCGGUGGGCAAGAGGAGCACCGGAGACUGCUCCAGCAUGAGGGAGAGGCGACAGUCGACGGCAUCCAGGCACUACGACAGUGGCAGCCAGACACCCACAGCCCGGCCAAAGUACAGCAGCUCGCACCGCAACUCCUCCACCAACAUCUCCACCUCGCAGUCGGAACUGAGCAACAUGUGUCCUCACUCCAAGCCCAGCACUCCGGCUGUGAUUAAGACUCCCACUGCCUCGGACCACCGGCGCACCAGCAUGGGCUCCGCGCUGAAGUCGAACUUCGUGGUGUCGCAGAGCGACCUCUGGGACACGCACACCCUGUCGCACGCCAAGCAGCGCCAGUCGCCGCGCAACUACGCGAGUCCGCAGCGCUGCGCGGAGCACCACGGGCAUGGGAUGGGCUACGACCCCAACACCACCUCGCCCAUCCAGCGGUCCGUGUCGGAGAAGAACCGCAACAAGCACCGGCCGAAGCCGCAGAAGGGCACCGUCUGCCAGAGCGAGACGGACAGCGAGCGGGAGCGGGACCCGCCGCCGAGCAGCCAACCCUGUGUGCAGCCGCGCAAGGUGAGCCGCAACUCGAACUCGAUUCAGCACGCCGCCCACCACCACAGCUCGCCCAAUGUGGCGCCCGACAAGCAGCGGGGCAGGCAGCGGGGGGGCAAGCAGGAGAGCAGCAUCUACGGGGCGAGCAGCGAGACGGAGCUGCUCGAGGGCGAAACGGCCAUCCUGCCCAUCUUCCGCAAGCUGCUCACCGAGAAGAGCCCCAACUACCGGGGCCGCAGUGCCGUCGGCCAGAGCUGUCCGAAUAUAUCCAUCAAAUGCGAUAUCGUCGAGUAUCUGUAGGCGGUAUCCCUGAGAUACAUUGUGUAGUCGAACUCCUAUUGUUAGAUCCAGUCGCAAUCUAAGAUUACCUAUUGUUUUUCCGCGUUAUGCAUCUACAUUCUAUGUGAGGCAGGACACACAACAUUUAGAGAACUAGUAGCAAUGAGAUAGUUGAGAAAUAAAUUACCAUUUAA